AUGUCGUCGCCGAACCUCGCGGGCGCCGGCGCGGAGCCGUUCCGUGUGUUCGUGGGGUACGACUCCCGCGAGGACAUGGCAUACCGCGUGUGCCGGCGCUCCCUUCUGCGCCGCUCGUCCAUCCCGCUGGAGAUCACCCCGAUCGUGCAGCAGGAGCUCCGCGAGGCGGGGCUCUACUGGCGGGAGCGCGGGCCGACGGAGAGCACCGAGUUCUCCUUCACCCGCUUCCUGACGCCGUACCUGGCGGGGUACCGCGGGUGGGCGCUCUUCGUGGACUGCGACUUCCUCUUCGUGGCCGACGUGGCGGCGCUGGCGCGGCUCGCCGCCGACGCCGAUCCGCGGCACGCGGUGCUGUGCGUGCACCACGACUACAAGCCCACGGAGGCCACCAAGAUGGACGGCGCCGUGCAGACGUCGUACCCGCGCAAGAACUGGUCCUCCAUGGUGCUCUUCGACUGCGGCCACCCCAAGAACCGCGCCGCGCUCACGCCAGAGGCCGUCAGCACGCGCAGCGGCGCGUACCUGCACCGCUUCAUGUGGCUCGACGACGACGAGGUCGGCGAGGUGCCGUUCGUGUGGAACUUCCUCGUGGGCCACAACCGCGUCGACCCCGCCGACGAGGCCGGGACGGCGCCGCGCGCGAUACACUACACGUCCGGGGGACCGUGGUUCGAGAGGUACAGGGACUGCGAGUUCGCGGACCUCUGGGUCCAGGAGCGCGCCGCCUACGAGGCCGAAGAGGCCGACAAGGACGUGGAUGGAUCCAUACAAGCGCCACCCGCCGUGGUGUCGGUGGAGGUGGAUGCAUGA